UGUAGGUCAAAUGGUACCGGGACAUCAAUGUCGCUAAUCAUGUUUUGGACACGGGCAUUUUGUGUAUUACUCGUUAUAAUUACAGUUUGCCAUUCAGACAGCCCUGUGCCGGCACCAAGGUACAUACUUAACUUAGAUGUAGCACCAGAGAAGAGAUGGAACGAUAUUGUAAGCCACUGGAAUCUAACAAAAAUACACGAAGAAUUGGCGUAUGUUAUGAAGGAAGAAAUCCCUGAAAUGCUUGUCCCAGUGGUUGAGCUCCUGGCAUCCGAUAUAGAUAAGUACAUUCCAGAACCAUACAGCAGUGAAAUGGUUGGCGUUGCUAAAGCUAUGGGCAUCAAACUUGGAGAUAUCGUAACAUUGAAUCUUCUCUAUGAUAUCACAGCGUCUUGUACCAGUAUUGUGGCUGAAGAUAGCAAUGGACAGAUAUGGCACGGUAGAAACUUAGACUACACAUUUACAUCAAUUCUGAGAAAUUUAACACUCACAUAUGAUGCCCAGAUAAACGGAACAACUGUCUUCACUGCUUCCACAUUUCUUGGUUUUGUUGGCGUUCUCACUGGUAUCAAACCAAAAGUAUUUACACUAUCUAUUGACGAGAGAGAUCAAGGUGAAUUAUGGGAGAACUUGAUAGAGUUGGUGAAUGCAUUGCUGAUGGGAGAAGCCUCAUUAGUGACUUUACUGUCCCGAGAUGCCAUGAUGAAAGCGAACACUUUUGAAUCUGCUGUCAAGUUGAUGAGUGAAACCCAGAUUGUAGCACCGGCAUAUUAUAUCAUUGGUGGAGUUCAGCCUGGAGAGGGCGCUGUCAUCACCAGAGACAGGUUAACAGCAAAAGAUGUUUGGAGAUUAGACUCUAAAAAUAAAAGAUGGUUUCUUGUUGAAACUAAUUACGAUCACUGGCUGCCACCACCAUCUAGUGAUGACAGAAGGUAA